CUGUUUCUGUGGUUGUAGACUUCAUGCAUGCCUUGGAAUUUUAUUGAUUCUGGUUAUGGUCAACAGCCAAGUUCAGAGGAUGGCCUAGUUUCACCCUAGAAAACCAGACUGGAAAAGUUUAAACGCUUAUACUCAACAGUUUACAGAAAUGUGCUAGAUGGUGGUUGUGAAGGCUCUACGUAAUGCUGAACAGACACGUCGUGGGUCAGAAUGAGUGUCAAAGAUGGCGAUGGGACAAAUAGCCAAUAUGGAAAGGCCUACGAACUUCAGAUAUACCCACGGCUCUCUCUGGAGACAGCGUCAUGUUGCACACUCAAAGUCACCAAGGAGGCUACCUCCGCAAGCGUCAUCAAGGAUGCAGCAGCAACCCUCGGACUGGACACCAGCAAGCACUACGUCCUGGCCGAGGUGAAGGAGUGCGGCGGGGAGGAGUGGGUCCUGGAAUCUACCGACCUUCCUGUGCACCGGGUCCUACUUUGGCCACGGAAAGCACAGGAACAGCAUUCUCGGAACGAAGGAUUUUACUUUCUCUUGCAGGAACGCAAUCGCGAUGGUUCCAUCUGUUACGUGCACCUGCCUGCCGUGGCGAAUGAACAGGAUUCCAAGCAGCUGGUUGCUCGCGGUUUCCUCCCUCCACGGCAGGAGGACUUUGAAGACCUCUGCAAUCUUCCGGUCCUUAACGAGGACAGCAUCUUGGCAAACCUUCGCAAUCGCUUUCAAAAGAAGAAAAUCUACACUUAUGCUGGAAGUAUUCUUGUUGCUAUCAACCCAUUUAAGUUCUUGCCCAUUUAUAACCCGAAAUAUGUUAAAAUGUACGAGAACCACCAGUUGGGCAAGCUUGAGCCGCACAUUUUCGCCAUUGCUGAUGUAGCUUACUAUGCUAUGUUGCGUAAACAUGUCAACCAGUGUAUCGUUAUCUCUGGAGAAAGUGGAUCGGGCAAAACGCAAAGCACUAACUUUCUAAUUCACUGUUUGACGGCUCUGAGCCAAAAGGGCUACGCCAGCGGUGUGGAAAGAACCAUCUUAGGUGCUGGACCAGUGCUGGAGGCAUUUGGCAAUGCAAAGACCGCCCACAACAACAACUCGAGCCGUUUCGGAAAGUUCAUUCAGGUGAAUUAUCUGGACAGUGGAGUUGUGCGAGGGGCCGUGGUGGAGAAAUAUCUGCUGGAGAAGUCUCGCUUGGUGUCCAGAGAGAAGAACGAGAGGAACUAUCAUGUGUUUUAUUACCUGCUGGUUGGCGCGUCAGAGGAGGAGCGGAGAGAAUUCAAACUCCUACAGCCUGAACAAUACUUCUACCUCAAACAGCAAAACUUUACAAUAGAAGAUGCAGACGACUUACGGCACGACUUUGAGCGACUGCAGCAGGCCAUGGAGAUGGUCGGCUUCCUACCGGCCACCAAGAGACAGAUAUUCUCUGUCCUGUCGGCCAUCUUGUAUCUGGGGAACGUAACGUACAGACAGAAGUCGACAGGCAGAGAAGAAGGUCUGGACGUGGGACCUCCAGAGGUUCUUUCCACCCUCUCAGACCUGCUAAAGGUUAAAGAGGAGAUGUUGGUGGAAGCUCUCACCAAGAGGAAAACGGUGACCGUCAAUGACAAACUCAUUCUGCCCUACAGUCAUUGUGAGGCGAUCACGGCACGAGACUCCAUGGCGAAGUCGCUCUACAGUGCCCUGUUCGACUGGAUCGUCCUGCGAAUCAAUCACGCACUGCUUAAUAAGAAAGACAUGGAGGAGUCAGUUUCCUGUUUGUCCAUUGGUGUGCUUGAUAUCUUUGGCUUCGAAGACUUCAAGACCAACAGCUUUGAGCAGUUCUGCAUCAACUAUGCCAACGAGCAACUUCAGUAUUACUUCAACCAACACAUCUUUAAACUUGAACAGGAGGAGUAUCAGGCAGAAGGCAUCACCUGGCACAACAUCGACUACACCGAUAAUGUUGGCUGUAUUCACCUGAUCAGCAAGAAACCCACUGGACUCCUCUAUUUACUCGAUGAGGAGAGCAAUUUUCCUCACGCCACUGAUAAAACCUUGCUGGCAAAGUUCAAACAGCAGCAUCAGCAGAACUCUUACUUUGUGGCGACGCCAGUGAUGGAACCAGCCUUCGUUAUUCGCCACUUUGCUGGGAAGGUCAAGUACCAGAUUAAGGACUUCCGUGAGAAGAACACGGAUCACAUGCGGCCGGAUAUCGUGGCUUUAUUGCGCAGCAGUGACCGAGUUUAUGUCCGCCAGUUGAUCGGGAUGGAUCCGGUGGCGAUGUUCCGUUGGGGAAUUCUGCGCGCCAGCAUCCGUGCACUGGCCGCCUUUAACGAGGCCGGACGAUGCUGGGCAGCCAAAACUGCAGGUGUGGUGCGACCAAACUCCAGAGUGCCACUCGGCGAGCUGCAGAGAGCGAAUGUGCCCAUUGAGAGGAUGUACCGCCAUGCUCCUAUGCUUGAUUUCUCCUUUGAUCACUCAGAGGAGCGCCCUCUAGAGGCUUUUGAGGACAUCUUUGCUAGUUAUGAGAGUAAGAAGGACAUGCACGACCAAAUCAUCAACUCCAUUAAGGACUUGCAGUUAGAUGGGGAAGAUCCACGCAAGCUGCUGCAGUCAUGGGGUCGCCUGCGGUUCCCGCGCCAUGCCCUCCAGAAAAACAAAACCCCCAAGAGCAAGCAGCUCAUUCCCAAGAACUUGUUGGACUCUUGUUCGCUGAAGUUCGUAGUAGGCCUCCAUGACCGAACCACCAAGUCUCUGCUGCAUCUACACAAGAAGAAACGUCCUCCCAGCAUCAGUGCCCAGUUUCAAACAUCUCUGAGUAAACUGCUGGAGACACUAGGGAAGGCUGAACCAUUCUUCAUCCGAUGCCUCCGCUCCAAUGCUGAGAAGAAGGAAAUGUGUUUCGACGAGGCGCUCAUUGUGCAGCAGUUGCGGUACACAGGCAUGUUGGAAACAGUGCGCAUCAGGCGUUCAGGCUAUGGAGCCAAAUACACCUUUCAGGAGUUUAUUGAGCAGUUCCGUGUGUUGCUGCCAAAGAACGCUACAUCCCUGGAGGACAUUUCAUCUCUGUUGCACAAGCUCAACUUUGACAACACUACCUACCAGAUUGGAAAAACCAAGGUGUAUCUGAAAGAGCUUGAAAGGCAAAAGCUUCAAGACAUCCUGCACAAAGAUGUCAUGCACAAAAUCAUUUUCCUGCAGCGCUGGUUUCGAGCUAAAAUGGAGCGGUGGAAUUUCAUUAGAAUGAGAGAGGCAGCCAUCUUUAUCCAGCGCUCAUGGCGCAGGUACUGCAGGGAGAAGUUCUACCAAGCAGCGGUUCUGAUCCAGGCAGCAUGGAGAGGCUCCAAACAGAGAGCUGAAUAUCGAAAUACACGAGCCUCUGUCACAAAGAUACAGGCACUUGCAAGAGGCCAAUCAGCUCGUAAACGGUACCACUUCCUCAAGGAAGAGAAGAGGAUGAGGGAGGAAGAGGAAGCUCAAAGGAGGAAAGAGGAGGAAGAGGCAGCAAGGCAUGCCAAGGAAAUUGAAGAGGCAGCAAGACGAGUGAAAGAAGCUGAAGAGGAAGCCAGACGACUCAAAGAGGAAGAGGAAACAGCUAGAAGACAAAGAGAAGAAGAGGAAAGAGCAGCCCAGCUUGCAUUAGAGGCUGAGCGGCAAGCUGCAGAGCAGCAAGAGAAGACGGCACUACAAAAGUCAACAGUAACGACAUCAGGCAAGAAGCCUGAAAAUGAGAUUUUAUUGCUAGAAUGUCAAGAUAAGACUCCUGUGGAUGUUGAGGUUGAAGAUAAGGGCAGAGCCGAUGUCCAGGUCUCAAAAGAAAAUAAAGAUUCAGAAAACGUUCCUCAAGUUGAGGCUGGCCCUCAUCCUGAGAUAAAGGAAAACCAGAAACAUAGUGAGAGCGAAUCUUCUCCACAACCCAAAGAGGAAGGUACACAAGCUAAACAAGCUGGACAGAACCAAACCAGACCAUCUUCACUCUCUAAACUCCCAACAUCCAGUCAAGAAAAACGCGAGCUAAGGAGACAACGUGGGCUAGAGCAUAGCCAACGAGAGAGCCAACGGGUGGCUUCAGCAGCAAAAGAUGAUCCUUCCUUCAAGAGCAAAACUCUCGAUAGUCCUAGAAAUGCAGAGGGUAAGUUGAAGGAGUGGGCCGACAGCAAAGAGUUGGAUCAGUACACUUUUGUUGCUUGGAAGGGGGAGAAGGUGAAGAGGGACACCAAAGAUGUCUCACCAGAACCCGUUCGGCCCUCAACCUUACACUUGGAAAUCCCUCCUUCUGGACCUGAAAGAAACAGCUAUAGUGACCCAGCCAUCACUGACCACAGCAAACCUUCUCAUGCCAAUGAAGAGGCCAAAAGAAGGAAGGAACCAUCUAGAAGCAACACUCAGCCUGAGAACCUCAUAGCAGGACCUCGCAGUCAAGAGGACAAGAGCAUCAAAUCUCUCCAGAAUCGAGGAAUCUCUAUGUCACUAGACGAUGUAUCCAGAAUAGGUGCAACAUCACAGGCACAGUCCCGUACUGAGGUCGGUCCUGAUGGAGCAAAGGCCAGCACCAUGAAGGAGAUUAUCCACGACAGCCACGGACAGCAUGAUGUCUCGCCAGUCCAACCAUCGACCCCAGAGAGGACGACAGGGUUCUUCAGAAAGAUCCUUAAGAAGCGGCCACAUAAAGAAGCUCAAACCCCAGAAGAUGGAGACCUCAGCCUGGCUUCAGUUUUAGAUGAGAGAGAAGCCAUCUCUCCAUCGUGCUCGCAUCAUCCUAAACCUCAUGCUGUCCGGCGGGGUCGAACACCUGGCAUCAUGAUCAGUCACUCAGCAACUCGCGCCUCCGAACAGUGGAACGCCUCACUGAACCGUGUCAUUACCAAUGCCAAUGAGCUACGCCACCUCGACGAGUUCCUGGGCAAUCAGGUGAAUGACCUGCGCUCGCGUGGAAAGCAGCUGUCAGGAACAGAGCACAUCUUUAUCACCGCGACCAUGCAGUUCAGAGAAAUCAUCAAGGGCAUGUAUUCAAUAUCUAAACCUCAGACCGGUUAUAAGGCUUUGAUGAACUGCUAUCAGAAAAAAGUGAUCAUUUUGGCUGGAGAGAAGCAGAAGGGUGAAGUCCCGCUGGUGGUCAAUCUGUUCCAGUCCGUACUAGAUGGAUUCAUCAGAGCAGAGAUCAAGAAAGAAGAGGCUGAACCAGCCAAGCCCCCCAAAGGCCGUAAGAUGAGACGGAAGAAGCAUAAGAUCUUGGAGAAUCCAUUGGACCACGUGUUUACACACUACCAAGUGAACAUCAUGCAGUCAUGUGAUCAGUGCACGUCCUAUAUCUGGGGCAUGGAGAAGGCCUACAUGUGCAGCUAUUGCAAAAUGGUUUGUCAUAAGAAGUGCAUUUGUAAAAUCAUCAUAGGCUGCUCAACUUUCUGCUCCAAGAAGAGUGAAGAUGAGCCUGGAUCACACCACUUCGGAGUGCGAGUGUGUCACCUGGUCACCGACAGGACCCCUGUGCCAAUAGUGCUGGAGAUAAUGCUGGAACACGUGGAGAUGAAUGGCCUUUACACGGAGGGCAUUUACAGGAAGUCUGGCUCAGCCAACCGCAUGAAGGAGCUACAUCAGGUGCUGGAAGCAGGCCCAGAGACUGUGUGUUUGGAGGAUUACCCCAUCCAUGCAGUCACAGGCCUGGUCAAACAGUGGCUCAGGGAGCUUCCUGAUCCUCUCAUGACCUUCACGCACUACAACGACUUCCUCCGUGCCAUAGAACUGCCUGAGAAACAAGAGCAAUUACAAGCCAUUUACAAGGUUUUGGAGCAGCUACCAACAGCUAACUUUAUCACCUUGGAGAGACUCAUUUUCCAUCUUGUUAGGGUUGCAAAGGAGGAGAAGAGCAAUCGAAUGACACCAAACUCUCUGGCCAUUGUUUUUGCCCCCUGUAUCCUCCGCUGUCCGGACAGUGCUGACCCUCUCAUGAGCAUGAAGGACGUUGCCAAAACCACUACUUGUGUGGAGAUGCUACUUAACGAACAGAUCCGGAGAUACAACGAGAAAAUGGAAGAGAUCGAACAGCUGGAAUAUGCCGAGGCACUGGCGGUCAAUCAACUCAAGCUUAAAAGACAAAACACGUGCUGGCAUUUACCUCUCAGGUUUAUCUCUCCUUACAAAGAAGUACCGGUCCGCGAGAAGCCAACUUCCGGCCUUUGUGCUGUACCUGAGAACAAAACCCUGGAUUCGGACACGGAAGCCGAGCGAAGCCUGGUAGAGCGGAUCAAAUCCAUCAAGCAGGAAAAAGAGGACCUUGCCUGCCGGCUGCCUGAACUAGAACAGCCAGGUUCUGACCAGGAGAACCUUGACUCGGAAACAUCGAUCAGCUCUGAAAGCUUGUUGUAUGAGAGAGCAGCCUGUUCGGACACAGAAGGUCUGGACGAGAUGCUCCUGGUGCAUUUAAAGAGGGUGGUGGUGCCAUCCACUCUGUAACAGGUUGUUAUUCGUCUUACCCGUGUGCUUGUUCAUUAAAAUGCAUGUGCACGCUUGUGUUAUGUGCAUGGUUGGGGUCAGGGCUCUACAUUAAACCUUUCCAGGUCUUGCGGACAAGUAAUGGCUAUGGUAUACUUCGUUUCUCCACAUGCUGUUCCGUCUUGUGCACUUUCUUUUGAACGCGAGCCCAUAUGGACAUAUUUGAUGCAUGAUCUCUAUGACUCCUUUGUAAUGCUCUUUAGUACAGGCAAUGGCAGGUGCAUGUGCCUAAGACAUGCAAAGAUGCAGACUGUCCGCAUGUCUAGAUAACUAGGCUGCACACAGACAACCCGUGCAUACUGUGAUGGUGAUGAAAUUUGCAUUGCACACUGUGCGCAAGAUGUACCUGCACAUGGAAAACUGAAGGAUACUUUGGCCUUAAAACUGAUUUACUUGUCUGAAAGCUUAAAUCACUUUUCCACAAACUUUUAAUUAUAGCUUUAAUAUAUUAAUACCAUCAACAAAAUGGGACAAGGCAUCAGAAAUAUGAAGUGAACUGGAAAAGAUGCACAUUUUGGACAACAUGACCACCUGGUGAGAAUAUAGGGAUAGUUUCCAGCCCAGAUUAAUGUUCCUUUGCGAUUAUUUUACUAAAGGUAAGUAGGCAAGGGACACUGAUUAUAAUGUAGGGUGCUCAAUUGUCCAAUCAAACAACCUAUUUUCACUUGUCUGAAUUUCAUCUCUGGUUGCCCUGGACAAGUGUUAAUUUUGAGCCCUAGUUGCGGUCACAGAAGACCAUGUUGUCUUUGAUUAUGACUUCAGUUGCAUUGGGUUUCUCACUUCUCUUGUCUACUCUUGCUCUUUCUGGUUUCCUGCUUUGGGGUUGAUUUGUUCUGUCUCCUGUCGUAGGACAAACAAUGGUUUUGCCAAGAUUAUCCAAUCCACCUUGCCUUCCUAAGUCUGUCAUUCUGGUCCCGGGAGGCAGCACACGGCCUCACGGCCCCUUUCUCCCUUCACUGUCUUCUCCCAGGCUUCAGCUUCUGCGUCGCCA